AUGCUCAGAAGGGGGGAGACCCAGAACCCCGACUCGGGGUUGAGGACACGUGUGAACGCCUCCCCCAGGGACAGGGUGCCAAGUGCAGCCCCCACCCCCCUCGGGCGCUUGCUCCCCGGAAGGCCUCUGCGGGUCCCGCUUUUUUCCCCGACAGGAAAUCCUGGCUGGGCUGGGCGCCUGAGGAGCGGAGGGAGCCGCGGUCUAGCGCCGGGUUCCGGGGGAAGUGGAAUUAUUUUUUACCAGCGAAGAAGAGAUCGACUUCCACAUCCGGUAACGAGGGCCCUAUACAAAAAGGCGCAGACUGACCUGGAAAAGCUUGGCCGGACCGGCCAUUGGGGGGAGGGUGGCCGGGGAAGGGGCCCGGCCGAGGCGAGUAGGGGACGCUUACCGUGCCGGCCCGCGCCUGGCUGCCGCCGCCGCUCGCGAGACCGCCGAGCCGGGGCGCCCGAGGCCUCCGCCGCUUCUCAUAGGCGCCCAAAAGCCCCGCAAAAAAGUCCCCCGCGCGCGCCCGGCGGAAGAACACGGCGGCCGCUCGCGGUAGUGAAGCGGCCUCUGAGGGAAGGAAGGAAGGAAGGAGAGGCCGAGGGGAGGGGCGGCGGCCUGAGAGGAUCCGCGCGGCGGUUCGGGCCUUCGACGGCCGCUCCUCUCACCGGAGGAGGGCUCGACCCGCGCUUCCCUCCCGCUCUGUUGUCGGGGAGCGGGAUUAUUUUACGGCCUGAACGGGCCUCGGCGAAAGGCACACAUGUGCAACAUCGGAUCAAACAACUAUUGCUGCUGCUGAGGAUUCAGCUACCAGCUUUGCUAAACGUGACCCUGAACUUAAGAUGGUCUUUUUGAAUCUACAAAGGAGAAAGUAUUGUCAAUGCACCAGGAGCAUGAACUUGAAAAUGAAUUGGGUGUGUUAAUGAUGGCAUAACUGAGCAGAUGGAAUUAGAAGAAUGGGACCUGAAUGGCUCAUUUGAUGACUAUUUCAUACGGCUGUAAUUGCUGCACCUACGUAGCAGAAUUUAAGAUUAAAAAGCCACCACAAAAUCUAACUGACCAUAUGGCACGAGAAUUCAGAUUAUGGUGACCAGGUUAAUUACAGUCUCGUGUGAAGUUCUGGAUUGUGCAAGAACUUCUAACAUUUGGUGCAACCCUAACAUUACUAACAUUCCUUAAAAGACACUAUAGUUCAUGCUUCUCAGGACUGAAGAAGCAGGAACUGGUGACGCUCAAAGAAGGAUUGAUUAGUGGAUAUAGUGUGCAUUGUUCAGAUUGUUGUGAAAGCUCAUGUUUGUUUACAACACGGGGGAAAGAAGGCCAUUCAGAACAGGUAUAUUAUGGUUUAUGGUCUAUUAGAUUUGUAUACCGCCCUCCACCGGAGGGCUCAGGGCGGUGGACAACAGCUGCAAAAAUGACAAUAUCAAUAACAUAAUAUCAAUGGACAUAAAUAAUUAACAUAACAUUGUAACAUCAUCCUAACUACAAUGAAUAUAACAUUCUACAGUUAGGAUUAUAACAACCAACAUCAUUAUAAUAUCACUUAGAAUUAUAAUAACAAACACCAACAUUAUAACAUAUAACAGUAUCAAUAACAUCUUAAAUUGCAUAAAGCAAUAAUACUCAAUAACAAGCAUAAUUAACAGCAUCAUAACAAUAAUAGGGUAGCUGGUGACUUUUUCCAAUUACAGCCACACUCUGAUGAGGUGAAUAAAGGAAGCCCCUAAUUUCAGUCUGCAGGACCUGAGCAAGGGCAUUUUGGUGGUGACUAAUUCAUAAGAUCAUCAUAAAUUGGAGGCGACUUAUGACACACAAUAUAGUAAUAAACAAAAUCUGGUUUACUCAUAGAUAUCAGUACUUGUUUACUGAUCUUUAUCAUAAGUAUGAGCAGAUCGUACAUGAAUAUUGAUAAAGAAGUUAGGGGCAGGUAUGAUGAACAGGGGUGGGGAUUCCAUGCUGUCUACCGACUGAUGAUUCCAAAUCUCUUCAGAACUUAAUUGAUUGGCUACAUAUUCAUGUUGAACAUGAAAGGGAACGAAGUAAAAAUCUGAUCUCUUGGGAAAACCCCAAGGGGUGAAAAGGAUCCCAUGUAAUAUUUCUCCACUAUGAGACAUCUUUGUCAAGUAGGAUGUCCACUAUGAGACAUCCCCCUAUGAAAUUGACAAAGUGAGGGUUUGCAGAUACCUGCCAAAUCUUGCUGAUGUGGCCAUUACCUGGUUAGUAUUGUAUUUUUAUUGAUGUUUCAGCAAAGAGAAGGCUAGUGUUUAUAUGACUGGGAAUCGACAGCUAAUUAGCACUAGGACAAAAUGUAUGUUCUCAGAUUGCUGAAAGCUUUGUUCUCAGAUUGCUGACACUCCCUCUAACCUGGCCAAAUGCAGCUACUACAAUGCAGAGCUUGCACUUGACAGUAGAAUGGUUGAUUCAGGAGCUGGAUUUGUUAAACCUGAUUAACUCAAAUGAUAAAAAGUUAAUCACGUUAAAACCUAUGGGCACACAGCUGAUGGUCAAUUCUUCCUUUUUGUGUAAAUUGAGAACAUUUGCACAGCUCUUAUUUUUAUUGGAGGAGUAAAUAAGUAUUUUGGCAUCCUUCUACUUAAGUUCUGUUUAUAGUAAUUUUUAUCUCACUUUAACUAAAACGGUUAACAGCGUUUAAAAUCCAAAUACCAAUUAAAAUAUAUAAAAAGCAGGGAGAGGUUAUUGCCAAGUCUAGGCCCAGGAACAACAGAAGAAUGGCUCAGUGCUGCUCCUUUCUCUCUGAUGACUGACUGUCCCCUCCCUUGAUUUUUCAACCCAAAAUACUUCAUAGGAUGGACAGAUGAAUGUGAAUCCUUCUGAGCCUAUUCCCUUGGUCCCUCAGUUGUUUUGUGGUUCCCUAAAAUGAACCAGAUAUUACACUGUACAUUCUUGCUACUCAAGCACACUCAUACCUCUAUUCACUGUAUUUAUUAUUACUAAUUUUUAAAUAAAGAGAAGUAAUUUUA